GGAUCGAACCCUCCCCUCCCGGGGUCGUGACGAGCUGAAGCCUGUAGCUGGCGGGGCGGCUGGGCGGGCGGCGGGUGAGCUGCGUGGGCCGCGGGCCCGCCGUGGUCCCGGACGGGUGGCGGCGCGCCGAGGCCUGCGCGCCCGUCCUCCGCUCUCAGGUCGCCCUUCCCCGCCUUGCCAUGGCCCUGCGGGCCGAAGGCGCCGCGGCGCUUGACUGCUUCGAGGUGACGCUCAAAUGUGAGGAAGGGGAGGACGACGAUGAGGCCGUGGUGGUGGCCGUAAUCCCGCGGCCUGAGCCGAUGCUCCGAGUAACCCAACAGGAAAAGACGCCACUACUUAGACCUAACCUGCUGGAAGCAGGUGUCGAAGCCUGUGAGGAGCCGAAGCAGCAAGUGUCAUGGGAGCAGGAAUUCCUGGUGGGAAACAGCCCAGGAGGCAGUGGAAGGGCGCUGUGCAUGGUGUGUGGGGCUGAGAUCCGGUCCCCAUCAGCAGACACUGCUCGCACACAUAUCCUGGAGCAGCAUCCCCAUACCCUGGACCUGAGCCCCUCUGAGAAGAACAACAUCUUGGAAGCCUGGAGCGAAGGGGUGGCCCUUCUGCAAGAUGUCCAAGCUGACCAGCCAUCUCUGCCCAGCCUAGAGUCAGGCCAGGAUGACCAGCCAGAUCCCAUCUCCAACCCGGACCCUGCCAGGAUGCCAGCAGAGAUCGUAGUUCUCUUGGACUCUGAGGACAACCCAUCCCUCCCUAAGAGGCUCCGACCCAGAGGACUCCGCCCCCUUGAGCUGCCUGUUGCCCCUGUCACAGGGCCAGGAAAUAAAAGGCCUCGUGGUCAGAGAUGGAAAGAGUCCCCUGAGGAGCCUGCUAGAAAGAAGAGAAGCAGGCAUAUGACGAAAAACCUGGCCCCUGACCCAGUUCUACAUGGCCUUCUUUUAGACCCCCCAUCUCCUGAGUCACCCACAGAGACGUUCGCAGCACCAGCUGAAGUCCGACACUUCACUGAUGGCAGCUUCCCUCCUGGCUUCGUCCUUCAGCUCUUCUCCCACACUCAGCUCAGGACCACAGACAAUAAGAACUCUUCUAAAGACCGCAGAGCAGCAGCAGACGGCCUGCCCCAGCCACCAAGUCCAUCUUCAGCUCCCCCUCCGGGGCUCCGUGGGACACUGGAUCUCCAGGUUAUCCGUGUUCGAAUGGAGGAGCCACCAGCCGUCAGCCUCUUACAGGACUGGUCCAAGCACCCCCAGGGCACCAAAGGGGUGGGAACAGGUGAUAACCCAGGCUGGCCCACAGUUCUCUCAGAAUCCAGUGCCACUGUAAAGGGACAACCAGAGGCAGGAAGUGGGAUAUAAGUUUUCAGUUUCCUGAGGAAGUAUGGGUGGGAGGAGGGACAGGUGGGAGGGAGGAGGCAGUUACCCCCUUUGGCUUAAAUCUCAGAUCUGCCCAGCUUGGCUACCUGAUGGAGAGUUUUAAAACUAGGCGCCAGGACAAUGUGGAGGGGGGAGGAGUGACAUCACUGUCACAUUGGGGUACUAAAAAAUGCCUGCCCCUGGCCAAGCCUGAGAUAGGCAGAGGUGGCUUAGGCUGUUGGGUGAUAAGGCAUUGGGCCUGUGGAGAACACCUUCCCCAAUCCUUUGCUGAACUACCCUCUGAACCCCAUACCUCCUCCUUCCUCAGUUCUCCACUAUUCUCCCCUGGCACAGUGCCUUAUGCAGAGGUGGUCAUAAUGGGGAUUGAACUGAGUCCCACUACCUCGGGGGACACCUCUCCUCCCCCACUUCUGGCUCCUAGAGCAGGAGGCCUCCAUUACCUGUUAGCACCUCAUCCCUGUUGAGGGCUCCCUUUAUACCCCAUUCACCUGUUGUUCUGUGCAUCUAUUGUCCUGUUGUAUAUAUUGCCUUUGUUGAAAAUAAAUUAUUUUUUUUUUAAUUAAAA